AUGGGUUCUACUUCUUCAAAAACAACAACAACAUCCUCUGCCAUCACAACUACAUCAACCACCUCAACCACAACUCCAAUUAUUGUUGCUACAACCUCAUCUACUACCACAGAGGCUACAUCCACAGUUCCAACUACUUCUUCAGUUGCGACCUCAAGUUUGGAAUCAUCUAUCCUAUCUUCAAUCCUUCUAUCUUACUUAUCCUCUUCUACAGCCACAAAUGAAGCCACAAGUUCAGUUGUCUCUUCUAGCUCAGAAAUGAUUGCAACUGUUUCUAGUGUCGCUAUAACUGCCAGUUCUUCUGUUGUUUCACCUGAAAGAGAAGACGUCACUUUUUCUUCACAAUCACCAUCUUCUGCAGUUGAAGUUGCUACCUCUUCAAGUAUAGUCCCAGUUUCUUCCUCCGUUUUUGCUACCUCUGAAUCAAGAGUUGAUCCUGCCACUUCUUCUGCCUCUAGUGAAAUAUUUUUCAGUAGUACUUCCGAAGUUGCCUCCAGUUCUAGUGUUCUUCCAUCUUCCCAACCCUCUGCUGUUGACAUAAUUUCUACCUCUGCCUCUUCUUCUGUAGAAUCUUCCUCUGUUACAACUAGUUCUAUUUCCAACUCCAUUACUACUAGUUCCGAUCCUUUGUCUUCUUCGUCUAUUAUCAUCAGUUCUUCUACCCCUUCUACUCCAGUUUCAUCCAGUACUUCUUCUCUAGCAUCAAACAAUACUUUGACUUCUUCUACAACCACUGUUAUUGAAAGCUCUACAGCCACAUAUGUUACUACAGAUGACAAUGGUAUUUCUACAACUAUUACUACCAUUGUAUGUGAUAACUCAAGUGUUUCCGGCAAAGCCACUGUCACUAAUACUACUAGGACCACCGAAACUUUGACCACCUGUGAUGAAUGUAAUAAGCCCAAGACUACAUUAGAAUCUGUCUCUACAGUUACUGGUACUUCAACUUACAUCGACGAAACUACUACUGAAUACUACACGUACAGUACCACAGUACCAUGUGGCGAAGCCACUGAAGUUGAGAACAAAGAAACUAGUGCAAAUGUUACUACAAGCGUGGAAAGAUCUACUUUUAUUGACGAAACCACUACUAGAUACUACACAUAUAUCACCGCUGUUCCAUGUGAGGAAGCCUCUUCUGCCACUGUUACCAACUCUGAAGCCAAGAACGUUGCUGCUGAGUCCGCGAUUUCAUCUGCUUCAACACACCCUACCACUGUUUCUACUAUCAAAGUUUCAGAACUUGCUACUAGCAACAAAGCCUCUAGUUCAUCAUCUUACACAGUUUCUGCAGCUGAGAACCAGGCCGCCACAAACAAUAUUCUUGUAAGUACAGGUUUUGGAUCUGGUCUGUUAGCCAUUGGUCUAUUGUCCCUGUUGUAG